AGUCCGAUAAGACUUUCCCUUCUUUCUCCUCUCUUUCUCUUUCACACAAAAACCUCUUUUAAUCCUUUUUUCCAUGGCUCACAAAAUUCACCAUUUCUCUUCCAUAUCGACUUUUCCCUCCCUCUGCUCCCUCAUCUUCCCGUCGAUUCUCCGUUUCUCAGGCGAAUAUUGGUGGUCUAUUUGGUGGACUAGAUGAAGGUUUCUUGGUGGAAGCUAUCUGGUGAUAUGCACAUAUAAUCUCAUGAUCAACAAUUUGACCAAAAAAUUGAUCUGUGCUAUUGAAACAUUUUAUUAAACUAGAACAUAUUGACAUUAUGGAUGAAGCUGUUGACGAAGCUAUUGGCGAUGAGGUAAACGGACUGGAUGCCAUUGAUGGUAGACAACUUCGAAUUAAGGAGAUUGAGUAUGCUUUGAGGUCUGGGAACUCCAUUAUGCUGCAAUCGCAUGAAGUAGUCACACUUGGUGAGGGUGAUCAUUACCAAACUACUCCCAAUUUUUAUACACAUAUUCUCGACAGAAAGAAUCUGGACAGGAUAGGAUCUUCAGAACAUGCAAGUUCUAGUCCCCGCUGUAUGAAUGAUGCUGGGCUCAUGGUUGAAGAAUUGACUCUGAGAAACUACAAUGGGAAAAACUUGGCUGUAGUUGGUACCUUGGGCAAUAAAGAAACAAUGCAUAUUAGACCAAACCAGUGGUUUUAUCAGCUAGCAGGGGGAUCUGCAUGCGCAAGCUCACAUGGGGAAGCUGCCUAUAGAGACAGGUGUAGGGCAUCAUCGGGUAUCUGGGAGGAAGAAGAUGGAGACACAUUAUUUACCGGACUUCUGAAUCAGAACCAGAACACAUCAAAUGAAAACCAUAAUCUAGGCGGAGAAAAUUUGCAGAGUAAUGGUGAUAAAGCUAUUUUGAACAAUGUAUUAUCCUCUCCUGAGGGUAUCCGUACUAAGAUUAUCUCCAAGUCGGGGUUUUCCCAGUAUUUUGUGAAAAGCACAUUGAAAGGCAAAGGAAUCAUCUGCAAAACACAGUUACCCCGAGUAUCUGCUAGUGAGUCUCGAGGACAGAUUCAUUCGCAGUGUACUAAUGCUUCUUCCACUGUUGCAAGCAUGGAUGCAUUUGUUAAUCCCAACGUCUAUCAUGAUGGGAUCAGUUUAAGAGAACGGCUGAAAGCUGGGGGGAAUAAGUUAAACAAAGAUGAAGGCUUGUACAUCUUCAAACAAGUUCUGGGUUUGGUGGAUUUUGCUCACUCUCAAGGAAUUAGUGUACAAGACUUGCGUCCAUCUUGCUUUAAAUUAUUGCACUCAAACCAAGUUGUAUAUAGUGGAGCAUCUGUACGCUCUCAGUUGAAUGAAUAUGUGGUUGAUCGAGGUGUUUCCCUGUCAGAGAAUAACCAGAAAGAGAGAAGUUCAGCUGGGAAAAAUAUUUCAUCCCUGGUUGAUCCUUGUGUAAAGAAGCAAAAACUUAGUGAAAACAUGCACCAGAAGAUGAAGUGGCCUCAAUAUCCCUUCAUGUCAGGCCAUAAAUCCGCUUCCAGAAACACAAAAUUAAAUGCUGCACCAGGCUAUGAAGAUGAGUCAAAUGAAGAGGAUUGCCUCAAGAAAGAACCUAACAACCCGAGCAAAUUUAGAUUGCCUCAGCUAUCCAUUAUGUCAAAACCAUCGCUGACUUCCAUGAGCUUUAAGUUGGAGGAGAAGUGGUACACCAGUCCUGAGCAGUUUACUGAGGGUGGCUGCACAUUUUCAUCAAAUAUCUACUGCCUGGGGGUUCUUCUCUUUGAGUUGCUUGCCUCAUUUGACUGUGAAAGCUCUCAUGCUGCUGCAAUGCUGGAUCUUCGCCAUAGGAUUCUUCCCUCUUGUUUCCUAUCAGAGCAUCCCAAAGAAGCUGGAUUUUGUCUUUGGUUGCUCCAUCCAGAACCUUCAGCACGUCCAACAACAAGGGAAAUCUUACAAUCUGGAGUUAUUGCUGAGAUUAAAGAAUUACCUGGAGAUGUCUCACUGUCAUCGAUUCACGAAGAGGAAUCUGAGUCAGAGUUAUUAUUAUACUUCCUCAUGUCACUGAAAGAUCAAAAGCAGAAGGAUGCCACAAAGUUAGUGGAAGAACUCAAAUGUAUAGAAGCAGAUGUCCAAGAGGUUCAGAGGCGUCGAAGCAGCAAAGCCCUUUUUCCGUCAUCACACCCAGAGUCUCUUGUUCAGCGGCAGACCAGGUUUAUUCAGAAAGGAGCAUCAAGUUCAGAUGAGUAUCCAAAGCUUCCACCUGUAUGUGAAAAUGAAACUAGAUUGAUCAAGAAUAUCAAGCAGCUUGAGAGUGCUUACUCCUCCAUGAGAUCCAAUAUUCAGCCGUCUGAUAAUGUUGCCAUGGUCCGUAGAACUGAAGAACUUUUUAACAAUCAGGAGAACUUUGUCUCGCCAGAAAAUGAUAAAGAGAAGUAUAGACCCACAGAUCGUCUUGGAGGUUUCUUUGAUGGCUUAUGCAAGUAUGGUCGGUAUAGCAAGUUCAGAGCAAGGGGAAUACUAAGAAAUGCAGAUCUGAAUAAUUUUGCAAAUGUCAUUUGUUCUCUGAGCUUUGACAGGGACGAGGAAUAUUUAGCUGCUGGUGGGGUGUCGAAGAAAAUUAAAGUAUUUGAGUAUCAUGCCCUCUUUAAUGAUUCUGUUGACAUUCAUUACCCAAUUAUUGAAAUGUCAAACAAAUCUAAGCUCAGCUGCAUUUGCUGGAACAACUAUAUCAGGAACUAUCUGGCUACCACUGACUAUGAUGGAGCGGUUAAGUUAUGGGAUGUGUCUACUGGUCAAGCUUUUUUGCAUUUGACUGAGCAUAAUGAAAGGGCAUGGUCUGUAGAUUUUUCUCGUGUGGAUCCCACAAAGUUAGCCAGUGGAAGUGACGAUCAUUUGGUGAAACUUUGGAGCAUCAAUGAGAAGAACAGCGUGUGCACGAUCAGAAACAAAGCAAAUGUUUGCAGUGUUCAGUUUUCACCUGACUCCAGUCAUUUUCUGGCUUAUAGCUCUGCCGAUUACAAGACUUAUUGCUACGAUCUUCGUAAUACCUCAGCUCCUUGGUGUAUAUUGGCUGGCCACGAGAAAUCUGUUAGUUAUGCAAAAUUUUUGGAUGCUGAAACGCUCAUUUCUGCAUCCACUGACAACAGUUUGAAGAUAUGGGAUCUCAAUAAAACCAAUCCAAGUGGCUAUUCGACCGAUGCUUGUGUCUUAACCCUUAAAGGGCACACCAAUGAGAAGAAUUUUGUGGGAUUAUCUGUGAACAAUGGAUACAUAACUUGCGGGUCAGAAACAAAUGAGGUCUUUGCUUAUUACAAAUCUCUGCCUAUGCCUAUUACUUCUCACAAGUUUGGCUCUAUUGAUCCAAUCUCUGGUAAAGAGACUGAUGACGACAAUGGACAAUUUGUUUCAAGUGUUUGCUGGAGACAAAAGUCAAACACUGUUCUGGCUGCCAGUUCCAGUGGCUGCAUAAAACUGCUCGAGUUGGUUUAGACAUAGACCAGCUGAAGAAUCGCAGUCUUCAUUUGCUCCUUUCUCGUCAGGUUUCCUGGGAAGCUUUGUAUGGAUCAUGUUGAAAUGCAGCUGUAUGAUUUCCUUGGUAAUUUCUGGGAUAUCUUCACUAAAAAGUUUUAAGGCUAAACUUUGAGAAGGGACCUGAGUCUGGUACUUGUCUUGACAAUUUUGGGUUGUUUGGUUAAAAACUUUGGAAUCUGAACGGAGGGAGUCUUCUUUUUUAAACUGGAAAGAGAAUGGUUGCUGAAAUUACUCGCUCAAGGGCCACAUAUGCAAUGUUCCUGAAGAUGCAAUGCAAGUACAUUCCUGAAGACAUAAUUGCCUGAAUCUUGAGAUAUCCCGCAAAACAGAUUAAACAGAAUAUUGAUGUCCUCCAUAUUUUGGAAGGCUCACGGUGUAGCUUAGUGAAGUCCGUAUGAAAUUGCAGUCGAGAUAAAUUUUGUUGGCGUGUGGUGUUCAUUUGUACAUCUAGAUAGAUACGGGCAUUGUAAAAUCAUGUCUUGGGAAGCAAUAUAGUUGACGAUGAGUUAUUGUACAUGUCAUAAUUCCCUUACCCUGACAUAGCAAUAUAUAAAAAAGUUGUACAUUGACUUGUCAA